CACCUUCUCUACGGAGGCGAAAGAGAUCGAAGGCCUUGAAAGCCCACUUUCCUUUCAGGUUUUAACUUCACCGCAUUUCUUCUCUCUUCUAGUCUUCUUCCUUCCCUCAUAUCCUACUCCCCAGCUCCCCAACAAUGGCGUUUUUCCUCAACAAAACCACUCUUGCCUCUCAUUUCCGAUCUCAAUCCCAGGUGGAUCCUUCGUCACUCUCGCGCCGUGGAUUCCACGUCGAACCAGGGGCUCGUGAAAAGGCUUUAUUAGCUGAGGACCCUUCUCUAAGGCGGUUCAAAUCACACAAGAAAGGUGUCUCUCGAAUCAAAAGAAUUGGAGAUAUACUGACCAUUGUGGUUGUUGCAGGAGGUUGCUAUGAAAUCUAUGUGAAAGCAACCAUGCGAGAAGAAGCUCGGCAGCAGGCAAAGACAGCUAGCGGAAGUACAUGAAGGAAUUUAUAUCCAGUGGCCAUUAAAUCUGGCAAAAGUCUUUAAAUGCUUUUCAUUUGUGUGCUAAAAUAAAAGGUUUGUGAAGCACCAAGUUCUAUUUGCCCAAUUUCUGGUAGGUUUUAAUCGUCAAUAAUUUCUUCUUUGUACCCAUCAUUUUCUAACAUCUUAAGGGAUAUCAGAGUGCAUUUCUAUCGUUGUGAGCACAUUUUAUGAAGCUUACAUUGCCUGCUUUUAAGCUCGAAAUACAACUUUACAUGGUGGGGAAAAUAUUGGAUUUUUAAUUUAGAGAAAUUGCAAGGAGUGACUAGAAUUGGAGGUC